UAAACAGACAGUUGAGGAGGCCACAUUUUGUCCUCAGCUACCUGUGAUAGCCAGCAUGUCUCAGGUCCUGCUUUCUAUACUCUGGCUCAUGGUUCAAACACAAGCCACGGUCAUAAAGCAAACUCCUGGAAUAACCCUCCAUGAGCUAGUUUAUCCCAAACUACUACACAUUUCACACAAAGGAAGGAUGGAAAACAACCACGCCGAGAGGCGAGGCAAAGAGGACAUAAAUGCACCUGAAGUUCAGUAUCAGAUUAUCUUAAAUGGAGAAGAAAUCAUCCUUCACCUGCAAAAAACCAAGCAUCUCCUGGGGCCGGACUACUCAGAAACAUACUACUCCUCUGCAGGCGAGGAAAUCACCAGGAGCUCUCAGAGCAUGAAACACUGUUACUAUGAAGGUCACAUCCUCAAUGAAAAGGAUUCCGUUGCCAGCAUUAGUACCUGUGAUGGGUUGAGGGGAUACUUCACCCACCACGGUCAAAGAUACCUGAUCAAACCUCAGAGGAGCACAGACCAGAGAGAACAUGCCGUUUUUACAUACAACCAGGAAGAAUUAGACACAGCAAAUCACACCUGUGGCACAAGAACUAUUGGCAGGAGACAAGGCCAUAUUCGAACUUCUCGGUCCCUCAAAAGCCCAGGGCAAGAAGACAUUCUUCAGGCACAGAAGUUCAUCAAUCUCUUUUUGGUGCUGGAUAAUGCCUUUUAUAAGAUGUACCAGGGGAAUCUGACUGUGAUGAGGAGCUUUGUGUUCGACGUGCUCAACCUACUCAAUGUGAUUUAUAAUACUAUCGAUGUCCGUGUGGCCUUGGUUGGUAUGGAGGUCUGGUCAGAUGCUGAUAAGAUAAAGGUGGUCCCCGACAUAGGCACCACCUUCAACAGCUUCCUGCGGUGGCAUCGUUCUACCCUGGGCAAGAAGAAGAUCCACGACCACGCGCAGCUUCUCAGUGGAAUCGGCUUCAACAACGGUCGCGUGGGGAUGGCGGCCUCCAACUCCCUGUGCUCCUCAUCUUCAGUUGCCGUUAUUGAGGCUAAAAGAAAAACUAAUGUCGCUCUUGUAGGAGUAAUGUCACAUGAGCUAGGCCAUGUUCUCGGCAUGCCUGAUAUUCCGUACACCACCAAGUGCCCCUCUGGCAGCUGUGUGAUGUGUCAAUAUCUGAGUUCAAAAUUUCCAAAGGAUUUCAGUACAUCCUGCCGCUCAAAUUUUCAAAAAUACCUUUUAUCUCAAAAACCAAAGUGCAUACUGCAAGCACCUCUACCUAAAAAUAUAAUAACAGAACCUGUGUGUGGGAACCAACUUCUGGAAACGGGAGAAGAUUGUGAUUGUGGCUCUCCUAAGGAAUGCACGAACCCCUGUUGUGAGGCCACCACCUGCUACCUGACACCUGGACCUGAGUGUGGGGAAGAGACUCCGAAGCACAACACAGCAUGAAUCAAAGAGUCUACUUCAUUGACAGUUUGCUUUGCCAGGACAAGAAUCGAGAACUUUAACCAUGCCAGGAAUCUUGUAUAUUUUCACCUUUGUACCUUGAUAUACGGGCAGUUUCUGAAUUCUGGGUUCUCCAUUCAUAGAUUCAAUCAACCACAGAUGAAAAAUAUUUGGAAAAAACAGUUGCAUCUAUACUGAGCAUAUAGAAUGUUGUUCUUGUCGUUAUUCCCUGAGCUAUACGGUAUAAAUAUAACUAUUGACAUAGCAUCAACGUUCUAUGAGGCAUGAAAGUAAUCUAGAGGUCAUUUAAAGUUUAUGGGAGGGUUGGGGAUAUGGCUCAGUUAGUAGAGUGCUUGCCUCCUAUGCGCAAGGCCCUGGGUUCAAUCCCCAGCACCACAAAAAAAAAAAAAAAAAAAAAAAAAAAGGGAAUGCACAGAGAAUCUGUGCAGGUCAUGUGCAAACACUGUGCCCCUUUUUAUAAGGAACUUCAGCACCCAUGGAUUUUGGUGUCCCUGGAGGUCUUGGGAUCAAUCCCCAGAGGAUUUGCUUUUCUUCUGUGAUUCUGCUUUCUGUAUGCUUACCCAUUCAGUCAUCCAAUAAAUGGAUGUACUUAGAGAAGUUGCCUACUUCCAUGCAUUUCCAAGGACCAUGAAUCUGUGGCUUCUCUUUGCUCUUUGGAGAGCAAAACAAAAUGAUCUUUGACCAAAGUACUUCAAAAUGUACUACUGAAUUAUUCAGUCAAUACAAAAUUGUAAAAUUACAAGUGACUUGUACUUAACCUUACUUUCUUUUUAUUAGUAUAACCUAUGAAGAAGCCGUACCACCUGGUGGGUGCAAGUUUCAGUAGCAGAAGGCAGAACAGAGCUCAGGUGUCUUGACACGGCUCAGCAUGCACCUUGCUAUGUCUUGUCAGUAUGAUGUUUUGCUACUUCAUGUGAAGAUUAAUUAAACAUAAACAUUUUCUUAUUUUUGUGAAGCAUAAUCUUUUAUGCAUCUCUUUAACUAUCAAAGUUUAAUUGGAGAAGACCACCUUGCUUGCAUGUCAAUGGAGGGUAG